AAACAACAGUCUCUCUCUCAUUCCUCUGCAGCCUGUAGUAACACUCCCAGCUAGCUGUCGUUCCUCCGUCUCAUCAACCAAAAGAUGGAACCUGCAGCAAGUAGAUGAGCCAGCCGGUUCAGCCUUCAGCCCAGAGAGAGAGCGAGAGAUUCCAGUGUUUGUUGGUGUGGGUGUGCUAUAUGUGUGUAUAUGUGUGUGUGUCUGCUGAGAGAAGAGAAGACUGCCUUCCAGCGUGUGUGUGUGUGUGUCUGAGUGACAGUGUUUCUUUGCUUGAGCGGGUGAGUCAGUGUGCGAGAUUCUUGCUCUGAAUAGUAGGAGAACGGGAACUCGCUAGUGUGUGUUCAUGUGAAUGGAAGCAUUAGCGUGUGUAUGAGAGUGUGUUUUCCACAGUGUGUGUGUGUGUGUGUACUCCUCGCUGAGGAGUAGUCGGAGGGAAGCUCUCUCCCCCUGGUGGGUGUGUGUGGAGAUGGUGUGUGCUGCCCUGUCCCCCCUUCUCCUGCUCCUAAGCUGUGGUGUUGGGGGAUACCCCUUCAGACCCCCCAUGGACCUGGAUGUCACCCCCAGGAUCACUGUAACUACCAGCGGUCUGUUGGGCUGCAGGCGUUUCCAGUCCUCAGUAGUGAACUACAGUACUCUGCUACUAGAGGAGGACAGGGGUCUUCUCUACGUGGGGGCCCGGGGGGCCGCGUUCGCUCUCAACGCCACAGACAUCUCAGACAGCACAGCUCGCACUAUUGAAUGGGAAGCCUCGACGGAGCAGAAGCAGCAGUGUCUGAACAAAGGGAAAGACGAUAAGACAGAGUGUUAUAAUCACAUCAGGUUUCUCCAGAGAUUUAAUACCACUCAUCUCUACAUGUGUGGGACUCACGCCUUCAGACCUCUUUGUGCAUACAUAGAUGAGGUGAGGUUUAAAGUGUCGUCUGAGUUUGAGGAGGGUAGAGAGAAGUGUCCGUAUGGACCUGCAACAGGCUACACUGGCCUCAUCGUGGACCAGCAGAUGUACACAGCGUCUCAGUAUGAGUUCCGGGGCUCUCCGGACGUCCGACGUAACUACCCCUCUCCCAUGGUGAGGACAGAGGAGGCACCCACACGCUGGUUAUAUGAGGCUGACUUUGUGGGCAGUGCCCUGGUGAGGGAGAGUGGGGGCAGUACCACCGGCGAUGAUGAUAAAAUCUACUACUUCUUUACCGAGAAUAGCCAGGAGCAGACACCAUACAGCCACAUUAGAGUGCCACGGGUUGGACGAGUCUGUAAGGGAGAUAGAGGAGGUCUGUUGACCCUCCAGAAGCGGUGGACAUCAUUCCUAAAGGCCAGACUGGUGUGUUCGCUGCCGGAAUACAACUUCCACUUCAACGUGUUGAGGAGUGUUUACACGCUGCCGGGGGACACACCUCAUGACACAUUCUUCUACGGCGUCUUCGGUCUCGAGUGGAAGAAUGUGAAGGUGUCAGCAGUGUGCCGGUUCUCUCUGUCUGAGGUCCAACGGGUCUUUGACGGGCCCUACAUGGAGAACCAGGACUCUGGAGACAAGUGGAGCGAGUACACUGGCAAGGUCCCUGACCCACGACCUGGAUCGUGUAUUACAGACCAGUUGAGAUCCAGAGGUAUAAACUCCUCCACCUCCCUGCCAGACGACGUCUUGAACUUUGUGAGGAGACACCCUCUGAUGUCCCAGCAGGUCAUGUCUACAGAGCAGCGCCCCCUGUUGUUCAGGAGAACCACAGACUACACCCAGCUGGUGGCUCACAGGGUGGAGGGUCUAGACGGGCAGAACUACCAUUUACUGCUCAUGGGCACAGACGAUGGCUGGCUGCACAGAGCUGUAGAGGUCAAGGGUCAUCUACACAUCAUAGAGGAGCUACAGCUGUUUGACCAACCACAGCCUGUGGAAAGCCUGGUCAUCUCACACACACAGUUGAAUGUGUAUGUAGGUUCUCCCUCUGGCGUAGUCCAGCUACCUCUCUCCACCUGUAGCAGGUACACUUCCUGUUACGACUGUAUCUUCUCCCGGGACCCUUACUGUGGCUGGGACGGACAGGACUGUGUGGACAUCACAGCACAGACUGACAGGUCUAACCUGACCCAGGACGUCCUGUAUGGGAACAGAGGAUGUGACAAUGAGCCGAUCCAGCACCGGAGCCGGUCUGUAAUGGUGGGAGAUGACAUGCUGCUCCAGUGUGAACUCAGCUCCAACCUGGCAACCCCAGUGUGGACUCUGGACGGGUCAGAGCUGCAGGGCUACGGCCUGGACUCUGGCUUCAGGGUGGGCACCGAUGGCCUCCUGGUCAUUGAGUCCCGACCAGAGCAGAGCGGGGAGUAUACCUGCCACGCCCUCGAGAACAGCGUCCGGGUCGCAGUGGUUACGUACUCUGUGACGGUUCGUCUAGACAUGCCACACCCCCCUCCCCCACACGUCGACCCAUCCCAAGACUUCUCCUACUACACCACCUGGGACUCGGACACUUCCACCCCUCCCCCCCCUCCUCCACCCAGCGCACCCCCCUCCUCUGAGAGGCCCCUGCUACACCCUCCCCCAGCCCCUCUUCCCCCCACCUCAGAGCUGCCACCCCCUCCCCCGGACCCUCUCCCCCCCACCUCGGCGCUGCUCUCCCCCAGGAGCAUGGAGGCUAUGUACCUGUCCCUGAUCACCAUCCUGGGAGGUCUGUGUCUGGUUCUGACUGUUGUCCUCCUCUACGUGGGCUUCUGUCUGCAGGGCAACCACAGGGGGAAGUACUCUCUCCGUGCUGCCGCCGCCACCGCUGCCUCUGCCAAUCACAUGGACAGGAAGAGGAAACACAGGAAGCAGCAGCAGAAACGCCACAGUAGCUCCGCCCACCUGGAUCUCAAGACCAUCUCCAGCCACUGUAAUGGGAACGGGAUCUGUAAUGGUAACGGCAUCUCCAAACAACCGGGGGACGGUGACACGCACGAAGGGGGCUUCCUCCAGAUCGUCCCGAGAGAGGGCCAGUCGUCCCCCAACAAGGACCCCCCUCCUCCUGCCCCUCCUCUCCCCCCGCCCCCUCAGACCCCCUUCAACCAAUCAGAGUGUGACUUGCAAGACUUCUCCAGCCCCAACGGCCUAUCGGCUACGUUACCCAGCGUCUUGCGGAGGAUGCACGGUAACAGCUACAUGUUGUUAAGACAGAGUGACGCGGAGAGCAGCUCUCCUCUCUGCUACUCCUUCACUGAGGAACUCAACAGGAUCCUGGAGAAGAGGAAGCACAUGCAGCUGCUGCCAAAACCAGACGAGAGCUCUCUGUAGUAGAGGGAAUAUCUCUCUGUGUCAGGGAGGUAGCUCCCCCUGUGGUGGGAGGACUGAACAGGACCCAUUUAAUAUAGGCUAUUUAGCAGACGCUUUUAUCCAAAGCGACGUACAUCAGUGAGUGGCCCAUUGGUGGCCCAAAACAGAGUGCUGUAGAGAUCCUUUGUGGAUGACUCAUGCUCCUCACGGAGUAAAACGGGUUUAAACUAGCCUGGACUGAAAAUAUGAGAGAAGGAGAUUGUUUUUUUGGACCACUGAAAAGGGACACACAUCUGGUGAGUCUCUUGCAGGUGGGUUGGAAUAUCAACUGUGUUUCAAAAGAAACGAUUUCUGCACACUAUUCGACCUUCCUAGGAGCUAUCCUCCUGCCAGCUCAGCAGAGCUCAGCAGGCUAGACCUGACCCAGCUCCAGUCAAUACACCUCCGUCUGGAUCAAUAUAAGACGAGCCCUGGAGGGGGUGAUUCAGGGGGCAGGCCUCAGAUCUCAGCCCCAGAUUAAGAGUCCUCGCUGAGCAGGACACGAGGGGCGGGGACCCUGGAAGUCUCAACACAGCCCAUGGUAACAAGGAAGAAGAGGAGGAAGAAGAAGAGGCUCAUGGGAAUAUGAGUUCUUGUGAAGUGUGAAACUGACCUUGACUUGACUUAUGUUUUCAAAUGGAUGCAGCUGUCCAAAGGAGGGACAAGAUGGGUUUUAAGAUGGUGUGCACUACACCUUUUUAGCAGGUUUCAUAUUGGACAUUGAGGGGAAAAGUGGAUUUGUUUUUAUUCUUGAAGUUUGUAAAUUAUGUUAAUAUUGAUUACAAUGGUAACACAAACUGUAAUAAUCAAAUUCAAGUAAUAUUAUUAACACAUAGCAACUCUUAACCCAAGAGAGAGUUUGUAAUCCAAUGAAAAUACCCUUUGAACAUUAUUUUUGUGUAAUAGGAAAUUGGACAGUAUUAACCGUUUUGAUGCUAUUUAAAUGCCAUUUCCUUCAGACAUUCCCUGGUUAUUAUGUACUCAACUCAAUGGACACUACAAACACAUCAGAACUAUGAGAGAUUCAACCCCAUCACACCAUGUCAAGAGACAACCCCAUCUGAGUAGGAGCUAAUGGAUUAGCAGCAUCCCUACACUGCUGACUCUCUCGCUCCUAUCCAACUCCAACCUAAUGGGUCUGAACUCUACCACGACAUCACAGCUCGGCCACAGAGGACCAGACAUCACUUCUGGGUCAUGGCCAUAACAACCCUUACACCUGAGGCCUGAGAGAUGCUGUCCAGUUUGGCGCCUGUCUGUUUGAAACAGAUCUUGCUAACUUCAACUCCAGCCAUUCUCAAAUAUGGUGUGAUGUCUGGUACCGUGACACUAAUAUCUUUCCCACCGGGAAUAGCUUCAAAAUGUCCAAACAACUUUGAAGAGUCACCGUUUGGAAUCAAACACAGUUCCAGUGCCAUUGGAAGACCAAUUAUACCGACUGAGGAAACAGUCAAAUCAUCCCUUCUACAACCAGUUCGCUGCUCUAUCCCAUCAUAACCUGAGAACUGGAUACCUCAGUAAGUAGUAUAGGUCAGGGUACAGUACAGAUACUCUCUGUAACCGGUAUACCCCUGUGCGGUUCAUCACAAGAUAGAGCAAACUGGGGAAAGGGGCAUUUAAUGGUCCUGGUCUUCACUUCAAACAACUCUACCCUCUCUAUAGUCCUCUCUGUAAGGAUGACAAACUAUCACAAAAUGGAUGCUUACUAUCCUAACUGUUGCCAAGUUUUAAAAUGAAUACACUAUUGCUGCCACUAUGUUCUUUGAAGUAAAAAAUACAUAUUGUAAUUUCGUACUAUGUUGCUAUUCUAUUGCCAGUGUUGUUGUUUUGAUGCCAUUUGUAAGAGGCUCUGAUGUGGGUGUCAUGAUGUCCAUUAGUGUUGCACUAGUAUUCUAAUAGCACUGUAGAAGAAACAGGGGUCUCCAACUCUGGUCCUGGACAUCUAGCGGCGGUGCAGGAUUUCGUUCCAGCCAGGCAAUAACACAGCUGAUCCAACAUAUUGUGGUCCAGAGUCAGACUGAAGACCGUGAUGAAUUGAGUGUGUUUAGUAGGUAUGUUAGUGAUGGGUUGGAGCAAAUCCCUGCACAUCCAGUCACUCUCCAGGGCCGGAUUUGGAGAACCUGUUGUAGAAGCAUGGUAUAUUAGCUAACCGCAUGAUGAACAGAAUACACCCACAUAACCAUAAUGUGACAGAUGAUAAGACUCUUGUCUGGCCUAUUAAUCUGGGUUUGCUUAGAUAAAGUUCCCCACAGCUCGUUAAGCAACUUCCACAGCAUCUCUCUCUCUCUCUCUCUCUCUCUCUCUCUCUCU